GUAAGAAUUUCACUGUAAGGUCUACUACACCUGUUGUAUUCGUCGCAUGUGACAAAUAAACUUUGAUUGGAAAGAAAAGAUGGAGCUUCAGACCCUAAUGAGUGCCUUCCACCUCAUUGUAUCACUGAUUGCAGGAGCGCGUGUGUGGCUCUUCAUUGGCUUCAUGCUGGCGUUUGGAUCUCUUAUUGCUUCCAUGUGGAUCCUGUUUGGAGGCUUCGUAGUGCCCAAGAAACCUGUUGUGUAUCCUGGUAUUGCGGUUUUCUUUCAAAAUGCAUUCAUUUUCUUUGGGGGCUUGGUGUUUAAAUUUGGACGCACCGAAGACUUGUGGCAAUGAUUUCUCUCCAUGUCAUAUGAUCUGUUCUCUUUUUCUGAGACAGUUUACACUUUGUUCAAUCAAAACACCUACUUUCUGUUUUUCAAGCGAUACAAAAUGAAUAUUUUGUAUGAUAACUUUUUUKKKGGCUUUUAGAUUAACAUGUGUUUAAUUUAUUAGUAAAUUGGUUGUUGUACAAAUGCACUUUUUACAAUAUAAAAAGCACAAUUUGCAAUUUAUCAUCUCUUAAUGCAAUGUUAUUUUCUUUUCACUCAAAGUAUGGAGCUAUUCUGUUACAAUUUACCAUCUUACAUUAUUUAUAAUGGAAACCUUCAAAAACAGAUUAUUUACAAUACCCAUUUGUGCACUCUAAUGAUAUAUUUUGCUCCAUUUGAUGAGGAAAUUUUCAUUAUUAAGGUACAAACAUCUGAGGGGGAAAAGACAGGACAUAUGUAUAUAUCUCUCAGAGUGUURAUGUUGUAAGUAGACUUACUUACUGUACAUUUACUGAAAAUAAUUUAACCUUGAAUGUGGGCAAACAAAAGUUUUACAAUAACUUGUCUAGAUGUGGAGUCUCUAAUUGGGUAGUUAUACUGAACCAUCAUUUGAAGGUUCUUAAAUCAAGCUGUAGUUUUAGUGUGGUUUGAUUCUUCAAGGUUUCAAUGCGUCUCUAUUCUUUGACUAUGUAUUUGACUGUAAUGCUUAUACAUUUACAGUACUUGUAUAAUAACCUAACCAUGAGGUCAYUUUUCUGAUCCUGAGAAACCACGGCAGCAUUAAACACAAAAUGUACAACA